AUGGAAGAACGGACUGUGCUACGCAAGGACCAGCUCGAGAUUAGCUUGCAUAAUGAGAAGAAGCUGAUUCAAGAGGGUGCCAUCAAAGAUGAUAACCCGCUGGACGAAAGCCAGCCAUUCCAGGACCUCUGCAGCGCCUGCCGAAUGGGCGACUUGAAAGUGUGCCAGGAGAGAAUUACAGAAGGUGUCAAUGUCAAUGCCCGCGAUCGGUAUGACUACACGCCUUUGAUUUUGGUGGGUGCUGGGCAUCACGACAAACACGCUCUCUGGACUGACGUUAACCGAGGUGUUCCCAUCGUACAGGCAAGCUUGUGUGGGCAUUAUGAAGUUGCACGGCUAUUACUGGAGUCUGGAGCACUUUGCGAACGAGAUACAUUUCAAGGUGAAAGAUGUCUAUAUAAUGCCCUAAACGACCGUAUCCGCAACCUCCUCCUCGAAUAUGACUACUCCAAGUCGACCGACCCACUACAGCCCCUUGCGGCGCAUAUAGCCUCACUUCUCACUCGAGAAUCUCCCGUGACCGCAGAUAUUGUCGUGAGCGCCGCCGAGGAGUCAAUUCACCUGCACAAGUUCAUUCUCGCCGCGCGAUCCCCUUAUUUCCGCGGUAAGCUAUCUGCCGCACCGGAGUCGAAAACAUGGAAGCUCCCGAGCCACAUUCCACCCCAGGCAUUUGGCGCGGCAAUCCGUUACCUUUACUUGGGCGAAGCUCCUCGGGAGCUACGCGGCCUCCCUGACACUGGAUUCACCGAGUCAGAGGUCUUCGCAGGGAUCGAUAAAAUUGCCAAGUAUCUGGAAAUUCAAAGCUUGGUGGAUAGUAUUCUGGACAGCGGGGAUAGGAGACUUGCUCGCCAGAGAAGGACGACGGAGCUCGCCAAAGGUCGGGAGCAGCUGGAAGAGUGGUUCCGGGCGAACGUGCUUGGCAAUAGAAUCGUGGUCGAGACAUCAAAAGUGGACGAUGUCAAAUGGGAUCACGACAAUGGCGUUUUUGCGGACGUUUUCCUUCGCGCCGAUGAGCUUCCCGAAGAGGCUGAGGAGGGUGCUACAGCAGAUACGAACGGCGCACAGAAAUCCACAUUGUUCCCCUGUCACCGAGCGAUGCUGCUCCGGUCGGAAUUCUUCCAAACAAUGUUCACCUCUUCUUUCCGCGAGGCAUACGUGAAAGAACACCUGGACAUCAUCGACGUCGACUGCUCACCGGAAGUUCUGGAAAUCAUUCUCACAUUCCUCUAUACCGAGCGAGCUGAUUUCUCUCUAGAUGUCGCCGUGGACGUACUUUUCGCAGCCGACAUGCUUUUCAUCGAGAAACUGAAGACCAAGGCUGCCGUUGUCAUCAGCACCCUCGGUAGCGGAGGCAUGUCCCAAGCCGAAGCAGCGAAAACAAAGGAACUCGACGACGAAGACGACAUCGAUGUCUAUGCGAUCAUGCGAGCAGCCUGGUUAACCCGCGUCCAGCGACUUGAAGAAUUCGCCGCCCGAUACUUAGCCUACAGAUUAGAAGCACACAUCGACUCACCCGACUUUGCGGAACUCAUCGCCGAAUCAGCCGCGCGCAUCAAAGCACGUCAGGAGACUGAUUCAAUUGAGUUGCUUGAUGAUAUCCGGUUCUAUUUGAAUGAGCGAUUCCGUCUGCGAUUCGAUGACGCAGGUCUUGACGAGAUGUUGGACCAGAAGCCACCACCUGCGGAUGGUGAGGCUGAGGACAAGGCAGAGGAUGUUUCCGAUCUCGCUGGAGGCGUUGAGAAGUUGGAUGUUUCCAAGACGGUCGAACAGCCUGUUGGUGAUGGUCACCGAGAAAUUCGUACACUGGAUGGCGUCGUUGUCGAUGAUGAGUUUUCUGAGGAUGCGAUGAAUUACGAGAUUUUGAUGGAGAAGUUGGAUGCAUUGUUGGAGAAUCUCAAUCUUGAGGCUUAA